GGUAGUUCCGGUUUGUGCUGGGGCUGGAGGGAGGGAAAGUGGGGGAAGUGUGAAGAAGGAGAAAGAGGAGGAGGCGAAGAAGAGGAGCGGCGGCGGUGGCCCUUUUCUCCCUCCGAGGCUGGUGUUGGAGCAGCUGCAGGGGAAAGAAUAGUCAGAAAGGUGUGAAACCAGACAAGAGAUGCAACAUCCUAAAUCAAAGGUAUGUCAGAACACAGCGAGAAUUCCACAACUGUUGAUGGACCUCAUCAGGCUCCCGAAGAAGUCCAGUCUGACUCUGAGGAGUGCUCAAUGGCGCAGGAAUCUCCAAAAAAUUCAGCAGCAGAGAUCUCUGUGACGAGCAAUGGAGAACUUGAGGAUUCACAGGAGCACAACUUUAAUAGGGACUUGAAGCGGUCCUUACCAGCUGGACUUGGUUUGUCUGAAACUCAGAUUACAUCACAUGGCUUUGACAGUACUAAAGAGGGCAUCAUUGAAGCUGGACCUUUUCAAGGUCCCUCAUCACUACCUAUAUCACCUGUUAUAUCACCCAGCAAUGCAGCAGCUAGCAGAUUGGCUGGACAAGGGAGUGAUUUAAUUAUUCCGAAAGGCAAUGUAGGAAUGCAACAAAAAAGUGGACCAGUUGUUCUAGCAGAGGAGACAAAGAAUCCAGCAAUGGAAAAACUAGAGCUUGUAAGAAGAUGGAGUCUGAACACUUACAAGUGUACUCGUCAAAUUAUCUCUGAAAAACUUGGCCGAGGCUCACGAACAGUAGAUCUAGAAUUGGAAGCACAAAUUGAAAUUCUACGGGAUAACAAAAAAAAGUAUGAGAAUGUCUUGAAGCUGGCACAGACCUUGUCAACUCAGCUUUUCCAGAUGGUGCAUACCCAACGACAGCUUGGAGAUGCAUUUGCAGACCUGAGUUUGAAAUCACUAGAACUCCAUGAGGAAUUUGGAUACAAUGCAGAUACUCAGAAACUUCUUGCUAAAAAUGGUGAAACUCUCCUUGGAGCAAUUAAUUUUUUUAUUGCCAGUGUGAACACUUUGGUAAAUAAGACUAUCGAAGACACAUUACUGACUGUGAAGCAAUAUGAAAGUGCCAGGAUUGAAUAUGAUGCUUAUCGCACUGAUCUAGAAGAACUGAAUCUUGGCCCACGUGAUGCAAAUACCUUACCAAAGAUUGAGCAAUCACAACAGUUAUUCCAGAUUCAUAAAGAGAAAUAUGACAAAAUGCGUAGUGAUGUAUCAGUUAAAUUGAAGUUUUUGGAGGAGAACAAGGUCAAAGUAUUGCACAAUCAGCUUGUUCUGUUCCACAAUGCCAUUGCAGCAUAUUUUGCAGGAAAUCAGAAGCAGCUUGAACAGACACUUAAGCUAUUCCAUAUCAAAUUGAAAACGCCUGGAGUAGAUGCUCCAUCCUGGCUUGAAGAUCAGUAAGAGAACUGGGCACAAAGAUCUCUCUAUCAACUGAAGAUCUUGUAUUGCUAAUGAGAAUCAAGGAACUUACAAAGGAGGACUGUUUGUAAUGAUAUUUGCACAAGCAGCUUUAAUUUCUCCCCCCUUGAUAAUGAAUACUGUAGUAAUUUGGGAAGGUGGAUAUAACCAAAUGUAAUUUGUCAUUUUAGUAACAACGUUUUGUAUUUGAGGGUGGAUGGUUUUCUGUAUUACGGAAAUAUAGAUUUGCACUGACAAAUAUGUUUGUGAUUUCUGGUAAUUGUGAUGGCUAUAUGAGAAUUUUUCCAAAGGGAGAUUGAUGCCUAUGAUUUGUAUCAACAUCUGAUAUUUUAUAUAAAUGUAUUAAACAUCUCUAAAGAUUCCUUUUUCAUGUAAUUGUAUUUAAAGAACAAAUAUUUUAGCGUAAUAAUACAGGGCCAUCAAGCAACACCCACAAACUCAGUGCCUGGCUGAUAUGUGGAAUUGCAGCAAAUACCUUUUUAAAAAAUGUUGGGUCUUUCCAUUUGCAUGUUCAGAAACACUAAAUUUUGAAAUAUCAUCUUGGUCUGAACCUUUUAACACACAUUUAACAUUGUAAAGAUAAUAUACUAAGAAAGAAAGCAGAGCUUUGCUCUACUGAUUUAAUUCUUAACUUUCUAUUUUAAAAAAUCAUACCUUUACUUGCCUUAAAUUCAAAAGUGCCUUUUGCAGUUCUUUCUACACAGUGUACAUAAUCUGUAGGAAGCCCUGUUUGGAUUGAUCUCUUCAUAAAGAGAUAGAUAGACUAAGGCCAGUCUGGACCGUGUAUGCUUUUGUUUGAACUUGAGAACAUGUCAGUUGACUAGUGGAAUCUCUGUUUUUCUAAUCAGUAGUUAAUAAAUACACUUUUCCCCCUCUCUUUUCAUAGCCUUUUUAAAAUUCACUGUUCUGGAUCAUCUCUUUUGCACAUUUUCCUGCUUUUUGUGUUUAUAUAAAUGAAGUACAUGAAGUAACUUAUCAUAGCUUAUAUGGAUUGUAUGAUUAUGUAUUAUAUGUUGAAAUACAUUUGGUUGCUUCUUGAAAUUGUUAUGUUUUAGUCUUAAUGUAAAGCAUUUGUCAAGUACAGUACACCUUAAAUCAUUCCUCUUUAUUCCCUUGUGUGAGCUUUGAGUUAUUUUUGCUGUUAGCGUUUCUCUGUUGCAGUUAAUUUUGUUACCAUUCUUCAGAAUGUGUAUCCAUUAUGAAUUGUAUUCAUGUUAAAGAUGUUUGCUGCA